GGGAUUCUACUCCUGGUUACCCUUCUAGAGUAACCUUGGAAGGCUCGUAAGAUUCUAUUGAGCCUAUCAAGGGAAAGAAGAGGGAGAAGAAGCAUACAUCUUAACUUUGGGCUCAUUCUUCAGAUGCUUUUGAUCCCAUUUGUUUAUCUUCUCCUGCGAACAAGAUAAAUAACACGCAAUACCACUCUAGAAAGGCUUGCUGAUCAUUCAUUCGCUUGAGCUGAUCAACUACAUACAACCCCAACUCAUCCUCCGACUCCGAAACAACAAAGUUAAUCAUUAUCUUACCCGUAUCUCAACCUCAACAACCACCUCAAAUCAAUUCGACAUUGGAAUUUUAAACCCCGUACUAGUGGAUGUUAUAGUAGGGUCCAUAAUAUCAUCGGUCUUGAGGUUGUCCCGGGGUUAAUUCCCUCGGCUUCGAGUCUUGGCUCCUCAUUCUAGGCCAACAGAAGAAUCAACGAAUAGAGUUACAUUGCAUUCACACAGCAAAAAUACUCUUUGGCACAUAAAAUGGCAGACUACCAGCAAGGGCGGGGGAAUAAUGGUCGCCCGAAUGAAUAUGGCCAUGCUUCGAACUAUCAACGGGAAACUGCCUUCUCAAAUAUCUUCGGUGCUGCCCCUCCUCCCGGCCGAUCGCAAACCAUGACUUCAUCCGUGUCUCCUCCAGUUAUGCCUCAGGGUCGCACACAAACGAUGUCUUCGCAGAUGUCAGGAAUGCAAGGUGGGAUGCCUCCCAGACAAGCUCCGGGCCAGGGCGGAUAUCGGCCUCAACAGGGGAACAAUAUGCCAAAUGGAGGUGGCAUGGCCAAUGGCUAUUAUCAAGGACCUCGACAACCACCUCCUGGACAAGUACCUUCUCAACCACAACCUCAUUCCUUACCACAGCAGGUUCGUAGCGAUCGAAGACCAUAUCCUACUCCUCAGCGCAUUGCACCCCAACAACCAUUUCCUCCUAGACCUCAACAGCAGCGAUAUUACUCAGGCAAUGCUCCAGCACUCGCCUCCGAUCCCUAUCGGUCUCAAUCGAUGGCGAGUAUGCCUAGGCCACAAAUGUACCAACCGACACAUAACACUUUCAAUCAAGCCCCCGCCAAUGCUUUUCGGCAAGCUCAAUACCAACACCAACCCGCAAAAACAACCGCUCUCGGCCGCAAUAUUCCAGAGAGACCUGAUGAGCGCACAAUGUCAUUGACUAGCUAUCCACAAGAUCGUGACCAGCAUCAAACUAUGAGUGGACGAGUGAUUCCAAGUAGACGGACUUCGGGGAAUGGGCCGCAGGAGCUACCAGCUUUUUCUAUUCCGCCCCCUGUUCCAGCAACUGCAACCCGAACUGCCAGUAUGGCUUCUACUGUUGCGCCAGAUAUGAGCCGAUCGAUGUCCAUGGCUUCGACUAUUGUCCCACCGGAGCAUUCGGAUGUCUUAACGCAUCGGCCUUCGGCCAAAUCAAUUAGCAGCACAGCUGGAGGAUCAUCAAGACACAAAGCUCCUCUGGUAUAUCCCGCAUUGUUGUCGCGGGUUGGCGACUGCUUUCGAGAAAAAAUCAAUGUCGGUGAUAGAACGAAGAACGAUCUCACAUACAAAAAUGCUUUCAGUGGAGCGGAAGCGGUGGACAUUAUUUCGUAUAUUAUCAAGACUACAGAUCGAAAUCUUGCCUUGUUACUUGGACGAGCUCUUGAUGCCCAAAAGUUUUUUCACGAUGUGACUUACGAUCAUCGAUUACGUGACGCUGCUACAGAGAUGUACCAAUUUCGAGAAACGAUGAUGGACGAACCUCACGAAGCACCAGAAGUCAAUGGUGUGUUCGUUUUACUCACUGAAUGUUACUCUCCAACGUGUACUAGAGAUCAGUUGUGCUAUUCAAUAGCUUGCCCUCGUCGACUUGAACAACAAUCUCGAUUGAACCUAAAGCCACAGCCUGGUCUUCGUCGCGAAAAGUCCGAAGCAAGUCUGCAUGAUGUCGAUGAACCUGACGAGCAAAAACUCUGGAUUAACACAGUCUCUCAAGAAAUUGCGGAUAGCGUUGGUGAACGGGAGAAGAAACGCCAAGAGGUCAUUUCAGAGAUUAUGUACACUGAAAGAGAUUUUGUAAAGGAUCUCGAAUAUCUACGAGACUUUUGGAUUCUUCCAUUACGCUCAAUCAAUCAACUCGCUCCAUCACCUAUCCCAGAGGCUCGAAAAGAGAGAAUAGUCAGAACUAUAUUCUCAAACAUUGUGGAUCCGCCUAGUAUUCAUGCUGUCAGUUCUAAAUUUGCCGAAGCACUCACAGAACGCCAGCGGAAGCAUCCUGUUGUGCAAUGUGUUGGUGAUAUAUUCCUUCAGUUUGUACCCCAGUUUGAGCCUUUUAUUAUAUACGGAUCAAACCAACUGGCAGGAAAAUUUGAGUUUGAGAACGAGCGAUCUUUGAAUCCCUCGUUUUCUAAAUUUGUAGACGAGACAGAGAGGCGAAAAGAGUCACGAAAGCUUGAACUGAAUGGUUAUCUAACGAAGCCGACAACAAGACUUGCCCGUUACCCACUCUUGCUAGAUAAUGUUCUUAAAUAUACCGACGAUGGUAACAAGGACAAGGAAGAUAUCCCGAAAGCUAUGAAGAUGAUUCGCGAACUGCUUACAAGGGUCAAUGCCGAAUCCGGAAAGGCCGAGAACCGCUUCAACCUAAAGCGAUUGCACGAACAGCUCCGUUUCAGACCUAAUGAGCGUGUAGAUUUGAAGCUUACUGAUGAAAACCGAGAGCUUAUCCACAAAGGACCUUUGAAGAAGACACCAACAGAUCCAACUGAUAUUCAGGCGUAUCUUUUCGACCACGCUGUUCUUCUCGUACGCGUUAAGACAGUGGCAAAGAAGGAGGAAAUUAAAGUAUAUCGCCGCCCAAUUCCUCUUGAACUGUUGACCAUUCGCGAAAUGGAUGAGUUUAUGCCUAAGCUUGGAGUCGUGAAACGUCCAUCGUCAAGUUUGAUUCCUAGCAAGACUCCUACUAAUGACAAUAGUAAGAAAGAUGGGUUCCCCAUCACCUUCAGGCACCUUGGUAGGGGUGGGUAUGAAUUGACAUUGUACGCAAGCAGUGCAGGGAUGAGGAACAAAUGGAUGGAGCAUAUAGGUGAACAACAAGCCAUAUUACGUUCACGAGGCGAUUUCUACAAUAAAUCUAUCAUUUCUAGUAACUUCUUCACGACCGUGAAUAGGGUCAACUGCGUGGCACCAUUCGAUGGUGGACGUAAACUGAUAUACGGUACGGACUCGGGCAUCUUCGUGUCUGAUCGCAGAUCAAAAGAUGCUGCUGCGAAGCCACUUCGAGUAUUGGAUGCUACCAGUGUCACACAGAUUGAUGUUCUUGAGGAAUACAAUCUAUUGCUGGUUUUAUCCAAUAAAUCUUUGCAAUCUUAUCCUCUAUCUGCGCUGAAUCCGAAUGAGCCUGCACUUUCGAAACGACCCAAGAAGAUACAAAGUCACUGCAACUUCUUCCGUACAGGGAUAUGCUUAGGCCGCCACCUUGUAUGCUGUGUUAAAUCAUCGGCUUUGUCGACUACUAUCAAAGUAUUUGAGCCUAACGAUGCGAUGUCCAAAGGGAAGAAGCAAAAGGGGUUCAAAAUGUUCAGCAAUGGUCAAGACGAGUUGAAGGCUUUCAAAGAAUUCUAUAUUCCAACAGAAUCUUCGUCCAUACAUUUCCUCAAAUCAAAAUUAUGUGUAGCUUGUGCACGUGGUUUUGAAGUAGUAUCUUUGGAAACUCUAGAGACUCAAUCACUCCUUGAUCAGGCAGAUACAUCUUUGGACUUCGUUGCUCGAAAGGAGAACGUAAGACCAAUACACAUCGAGCGACUGAACGGAGAGUUUCUUCUCAACUAUUCUGAAUUCUCCUUCUUCGUCAACCGUAACGGCUGGCGAGCUAGACCUGACUGGAGGAUUGAUUGGGAGGGACUACCACAGAGCUUCGCGCUUUCUUACCCUUGGAUACUCGCCUUCGAACCGAACUUUAUUGAAAUUAGAAAUAUUGAGACUAACGCUGUUCAUAUUGUUCCUCAUAAGAGCAUUCGUAUGCUGCAUACGAGCACUCGAGAGAUCAUAUAUGCUUAUGAGGAUGAGCGAGGAGAGGAUAUCGUUGAGGCUAUCGACUUUUGGCCAGCUGGACGUAAGCCUGAAGGACAGCCGGUUUCUAAUGGUGCUGAUUUCCGUGACGGGGUGCAUCUCCCAACAUCCUCACGUCAUUGAGCUUGAUUUUAAGCCUAUCCCGUACAAUUAUAAUAAUAUGAAUACCCACGCCAUAAUCAUCCUCAUCUCGAUUCUCAGGUUUAGAAUUACAUGACAUCUGAUAAGUUUCGAUCAAUCUCUUCUAUUAUCUCCUAGGUGUGCUGGACACGCUGGUUUUACAGCCAAAGUCGUGCAUAAUACUUCGGCUCAUUUUACAAUCUAUCGACUUAUUGAAGAAAUGAGAUACCAUUUCCCAAGCACGUGGACUUUUAUUUUGCUAGCGGUGGCUGAAGUUGUUCCUCAAAGUGAAGAGCAAAGGAUUCUUAUGAAGUCAAGGAAAGAUGUUAGGUUACGGGAAAGGGGCGACAGGCGUCAACCAGUGGAAAAGGGAGGAGGAGAUGAGAUUCCUUCCACUACAUCUUUUGAUUCUCAGCUUUUUAACUUUUGACACUCGAUUGGUUGAAUAAAGGCACGCAUGAUAUCUAUGUUUCUGUACAUUGCA